AUGAAAAAAUUGCACUACCUCGGUAAAAAAAUGAAGGACGCGGCGUCGACCAGAAUUUGGUUCGGAGGAAAAACACUCAAAGUUCGAGACCUUCUCCAUGCUGUAGGGAAGAAAUGCGGCGUCGAACCUGGUAUGAUCGACGCCUUGGAUCUUGAAAAUGUCGUCGAACGAACAAUUGCACUUCAGGAAGGCCGAGAACCACCUCAAGACACUAAUGAGGACAUUCUCGAUGAAAAACAUAUGCCUGCACCGCCAUCUCCACCAUCGCCUGAAAAAGAAGCCAGCGAAUCAGGCUCAUCUGAAGACAGUCCUUUUCUUCAAAAGCGGUUAGUUUAUUUCAAUUUCUGA